AUGAUUACUAUUAAUUUUUUUGCUUCUAUCAUUGUAUUGCUAUGUGCGGUAUCACAAACGGAAACAGCUUGUGCCACAUCAUUUAAAGCUCUUUGUCUAUGUUGUACGCAAAAUGAGCCGGCAACUCAAUGUAAAAGGGUGCAUCAACCAUGGCCGGGUGCAUUUCCUUAUUGUUGCAUUCCUACCGGCAUGAAUAUGUCAGAAAUCCAGGAUUCACUGCACACACCCACCUGUAAAUCAUCCGUAACAAAUCAGACAUUUACAAUACAUUACGCUUGCGGCUAUCCACCCUCGGAAUGCCCAGAAAAAGUCACUCCAUUGCACCACGAAGAACAACAUCAGCUGCUUGGUCUACCUGCUACAACUGUAACUACAACCACAAAGGCUGCGAAAAGGACGACUAAAAAAAGACGGCGUGCAAAAACAACGAAAAAAGUAGAGAAGAAAAACCGUACCACGACAAUGCCAGCAAAUGUCACAACAGUAACAAAACCAAUGGUCGAAACAACAAAAAAUGGUACAGAAAUAAAAAAUUAA